GUUGCAGGCAGGGGAAGGCGUGACCUGCAUGGAGAAUGCCAGCCAACUCCACAGACACAUACACGGAUCUCAGAACAAAGAUAAGGCAAACAGUGGAGCACAGGAGAGACGGGAGGAAGACAGACCUCAGGAAAAGGAUCACAGACAAAUAAGGCUGGGGUGGGGGGGGAACAUCUAAUCAAAGCCAAAGCACCAAAGGCAGAAAAAUGAGGUGGCUUUGGCUGUGUUCUCUAUGUGCCUUUCUGCUGAGGACUUUCAGUAGCACAGUGGAAUUGAACGAUCUGUUUGGGGAGAUUCAGUCACCCAGCUAUCCAGAAUCCUACCCCAGCGACUCUGAAAUGAUCUGGAAUAUCACAGUUCCAGAAGGUUUCCGGAUCAAACUCUACUUCAUGCACUUCGACCUGGAGUCCUCCUACCUCUGUGAAUAUGACUACGUGAAGGUAGAAGCGGAAGAACAGGAGUUGGCCACCUUUUGCGGGAGGGAGACUACAGACACAGAACAAGCACCUGGACAGCAAGUCGUCCUGUCCCCAGGUUCCUUCAUGUCCAUCACUUUUCGAUCAGAUUUCUCCAAUGAGGAGCGUUUCACCGGCUUUGAUGCUCAUUACACAGCAGUAGAUGUAGAUGAGUGCAUUGAAAAGAGCGAUGAGGAGCUGUCCUGUGACCAUUAUUGCCACAACUACAUAGGCGGCUACUACUGUUCCUGCCGCUUUGGCUACAUCCUCCAUUCUGACAACCGGACUUGCAGAGUGGAGUGCAGUGAUAACCUCUUCACCCAGAGGACGGGAGUGAUCACCAGUCCUGACUUUCCCAGUGCGUAUCCAAAGAGUUCAGACUGCCUUUACAGGAUCGAGCUGGAAGAGGGUUUUGUGCUCAGCCUGCAGUUUGAGGACAGCUUUGACAUAGAAGACCACCCUGAGGUGUCAUGCCCCUAUGAUUAUGUCAAGAUUAAAGCCGGCCAGAAUGAGUUUGGGCCUUUCUGCGGAGAGAAAUCCCCAGGACACAUAGAGACCAAAAGUAACAGCAUCCAGAUUCUGUUCCAUAGUGACAACUCUGGGGAAAAUGGAGGCUGGAAGCUCUCAUACACUGCAACAGGGAAUUCAUGUCCAGGCUUGCAACCCCCCAUCAAUGGGAAAAUUGAGCCCUCCCAGGCCAUGUAUUCCUUCAAAGACCAGGUGGUCAUCAGCUGUGAUUCUGGCUACAACGUGCUGAAGGAUAAUGGAGAGGCUGACACAUUCCAGAUCGAGUGCCUGAAGGAUGGAACAUGGAGUAACAAGAUACCCACCUGCAAAAUUGCAGACUGCAAAGCCCCUGUCAACCUGGAGCACGGAUCUGUCACCUUUACCACCAGGGACAACCUCACCAUAUACAAAUCAGAGAUCCACUAUUCCUGCCAGCAGCCCUAUUACAAGCUGUUCCCAAACAUCACUGGCACAUAUACCUGUGAAGAUAAAGGGGUCUGGAAGAAUGAAGAGUUGGGGAGCAAACUACCCACCUGCCUACCAGUGUGCGGCCAGCCGGCCCGCUCCCUGCCCAACCUGGUCAAGCGGAUCAUCGGGGGCCGCGGGGCGGAGCCAGGCUUCUUCCCCUGGCAGGCCCUGAUCGUAGUGGAGGAUACCUCACGGGUGCCCAAUAACAAGUGGUUCGGGAGCGGAGCUCUGCUCUCCGAGAGCUGGGUGCUGACGGCUGCCCACGUGCUGCGCUCCCAGCGGCGAGAUCACACCGUCAUCCCCGUCUCCAAGGAGCACGUCACUGUCUACCUGGGCCUGCACGACGUUCGGGACAAAUCGGGCGCCGUCAACCGCACGGUGGCUCAGGUCAUCCUGCACCAGGAUUUUGACAUCCAGACCUACAACCAUGACAUCGCCCUGGUCCGGCUGAUGGAACCCGUGCCCCUGGGGGCCCAUGUCCUGCCUGUCUGCCUCCCCGAGCCCCAGCCAGAGGGCCCGCUCCCGAACACCCUGGGGCUCGUGGCCGGCUGGGGGAUCUCCAAUCCCAACGUGACCGUGGACGAGAUCAUCAGCAGCGGCACACGGACCUUGUCCGACGUUCUGCAGUAUGUCAAGUUGCCCGUGGUGCUGCAUGCCGAAUGCAAAGCCAGCUAUGAGUCCCGCUCCGGAAACUACAGCGUCACCGAGAACAUGUUCUGUGCCGGCUACUAUGAGGGCGGCAAGGACACUUGCCUGGGGGACAGCGGCGGGGCCUUCGUCAUCCAGGAUCCCAGCAGCCAACGCUGGGUGGCCCAGGGGCUGGUCUCCUGGGGAGGCCCUGAAGAAUGUGGCAGCAAACAGGUCUACGGAGUCUACACCAAGGUCUCCAACUACGUGGGCUGGUUGCGAGAUAAACUGGGGCUCCCCGAUGCUCUAGGAGUGCAUGAGCCGGAGUGAUGAGUCCCAUCCCAGUGGAUGUGCCAUCGGACUCCUUGAAAUCUCGGCUCCUGUUCCACAAUGAGACGUUCCCCCCCUGCACACUCCAGUCAUUCCCGGAUGCAUGCCACACUUUGAAAGAGAAGGGGUCCCCCACAGGCUAGAGAGCCUGGGGUCUGUGAGUGCCCAUUCUCUCGCACCAACCGGAUCAGGUUUCUCUGGACCUCUAGUGUCUGUUGGACUUAGUUCAACCCACUCUCUAUCCACUCCGUAGUCCACUGACGUUACUGGCUCUGUGGCAGGGUCUGUGGGCUUUGAUCCCGUGGCCGUGCCUGUGGCCCACGCUAUGGGUGGGAAGCUGGGGUCCCAUGCAUGCCUGUGUCUCCUUUCCCUCCCCACCCUCCUGCCUCUUCCACACAAGGUGUUAUGGCUCUCUGAGUUUAGAAAUGAGUGAGUCUCGAGCUGUGCAGUCUGCAGGUGCUGCCGACGCUUGGCUGACUUUGAUGGGGAGCCAAACUUCAAAACCCCACGUGCUAAGAUGCACUCAGAUUGGCAUUUCCGCUGAGAGAACAGAGAUAAUCAGGCAAGCUGCAUCUCAGGUAGUUUUCCUACUGUGACCGUGAUCCCAACCUCCCUCUGGGAAUGCGGUAGCAGAUGACACCAAUUAAUCCAUUCAAUCGUAUUUAUUGAUGAAUGCUUACUAUGUGCAGAGCACUGUACUAAGCGCUUGGGAGAGGACAGCAGAAAAAUAGGCACAUUUCCUGUCCACAGCGAGCUGACAAUCAAUGAAUUUGUCACCUAGAUCAGCUGGCUCCAAAUUCCAAAGGCAGCCACUGGAAUAUCAAUGGUAGAUGUACCAGUAGAUGGAGAAUCAAUCAAUCAAUUGAGCAAACAAUCAAUCAAUUGUAUUUAUUGAGCACUUACUAUGUGCAGAGCACUGUACUAAGCAGUUGGGAGAUUACUCUAUAAGAGAGUUGACACACAUUCUCUGCCCACAGGGAGCUAGAAACCUUUUUGCCCCAAAUCCUACUGACUCCUCCCACCUCAAUGAAAGUCGGAGAUAAUAAUAAUAAUUCAUAAUUAUGGUAUUUGUUAAACUCUUACUAUAUGCUGAGCACUGUUUUAAGCACUGGGGUAGUUACCAGGUAAUCAAGUUGACCCAAGUGGGGCUCACAGUCUUAAUCCCCAUUUUACAGAUGAGGUAACUGAGGGCCAGAGAAGUGAAGUGACUUGCCCAAGAUCACACAAUGGACAAGUGGCAAAGCCGGGUUUAGAACCCAUAUCCUCUGACUUGUAAGCCCAUUGCUCUUGCCACUAGACCAUGCAUCCAAUCAGCUCACUCACCUGCUCAUACUCUUCUACCAUCCCUUACUUAUCUCUCUAAGUUUCUUACUCUAUCACCUGUACUCCAUCAUGGACUGAACCAAGAACCAAAAAGUACACAGAGACAGUCUUUCUGCCCCUGACUUAUCUCCCUACUGCUACCUCUGCUUCCAUUCCAAGAGCCAUUGUGAAAGUUCCAUCCACAUCGCCUUGCCCUGGCCCAUUUCAGAGGAAUUUAAGCAUGCACUCCAGAUAAGUAGCCGGCUUCAAAGAAACCUUCGGAAAGCAUCUAUUUUUCUAAUCAGCUGAUCAUAACCAUGUACAAGAGUAUGCAAUGCAUUUGUAGAAAAUAUUAUAUUUUUUAUAUUUCAUAUUGUACGCUUUACCAUUUUGUCAGGUGUCUAAACCCUGCAAAUAUCACUGGGGAGGCUGAAGUAGAAAAUAAAGCCCCUGUGAAUUCAAA